CUUCCUAUAUUGAAUGUUUUGUUUCAAUAGUACACCGCCACAUCCCCUACUCUCUGAGCGCUACGCCAUGGCAACAGACGAUUCCGUUUUACCUUCUUCCAAGACUUCAUCGCCUACAACGCCAUCUGCGUUAUCCCCUACGCUGUCGUCCACAUCACCGAAGUCGCCCGUAAAGACCCCAACUUCGGUGGCGGCGCCCCUGAAGAAGUCGUCCUUUUCCAUCAGCAGCAUCCUAGGAGAGGACAAAACCGAUGGGGCAAGGAGGUCCCCAAGCCAUGGCGACGGCAGGAGGGACGAUGAUACUGAAGACAGUGUUUGCGAAAGGACGCGAAGAGAUGCAAGCAAAGAGGCGGUGGUCACUAGUAUUUCGGACUUGUAUCAAAGAUUUCAGUUAUACUCAGACCAGGCGCGGCUGGCACCGGGGCUAGCCUCCAGGGCAGCUAGUUUUGGACUUUGGUACCCAUGGUAUCCAGGAUUGAUUACAUCACAACAUUCAGAUGGCUCACAUCCGCUGGCCUCGAGGAUGCGGCCUGCAUCCCCCAAGGGUCCUUCCUCUCCAUUAUCAUCCAGGGGCGGAAGCCCCGACCCCCAUCUCCAGGAGUUCAUUGAGGAGCGUGGCAACGAGAGGCCCUGCUCGCCCCCUUUCAAGCGGCCCGCGGGUGACAUGUACGACUCUGCUGAUGAGGACAACGACAGCAACCGGGGAGGAGGGAAGGACGACAGCAACAACAGCAAAGACGACAGCGAUGACGAGGAGAGAAGAAAGCAGAGGAAGAAAAAGACGCGGACAGUGUUCUCACGUAGUCAAGUAUUUCAACUGGAAUCUACAUUCGACAUGAAACGUUACUUAUCAAGUUCAGAGAGAGCAGGCCUGGCAGCGACACUACACCUCACAGAGACACAAGUGAAGAUCUGGUUCCAGAACAGAAGAAAUAAAUGGAAGCGCCAGCUGGCGGCCGAGAUGGAGGCAGCUAAUUUGUCUCAGAGGGCCUCCCACAGAAUGGUGAGGGUCCCGGUGCUUUACCACGAGAACAAUUUCCCCCCUCCGCCCUCCCGCUCCGACUCCAUGCACACCGGCAGCUCACCCCCCAUCAAUCCAUCCACCCUGUCCUCCCCACUGCCCCCUACUCUGACGUCCUCCCUGAGUCCCCUGUGUUACCCUCACCACUACCCUCACAUUUCCUCUCUACGGUCCCUCCACGGUGCUGUUUGACGUCAUCGCUCACUCCCCACCCACUCCCUUGAUCUCGGCGUCACCGGAACCACCAUGAUCGUGUCACCGUAACCUGGGCCUCUUGCCGUUCUACGUCAAAGACUUUGACUCCCAAGUCAGGCAUGCUGUACAAGUAUGCCCUGUUCUCCCCCCUAAAAACGAUAUCAUGUGCAAUGAUUCAAGACUCAGCUUAUUAUUGUAUGUAUAUUUUUGAGCUCGUUUCACAAUAGGAGCAAUCAAAUUGAGAAGCAUCCAAGACUGGAUUCUAAUCUCAUAAGACAAACAAUUAUAAAAAAUUGCUUUAUUCAGGCGAGGCUACUUGUUUGUUCCUUAUCAAAAAGUGAAUUCUUUGACAAGUACUGUUACAUAGAAAGUUAUCAACAGCACUGACAAUAACAUUUCUUUCAAAAAACAAGAAUCAGCAGUUUAAAAUGGAACGCAAUUGUGAGCCUGUCCCUACAACCUGUCCACAUUUGUUGUGAAUGGAAGUAUCGGGACAUGUCAAGUGGAAAUAUCUUUGUGUCAUUGUUUUGUUUCUGCUGUUCAUUUGAUACGUGUACAACACGCAUGCGCAGUGUACAAUAAAAAAAAACAAUAAAAUAAUAAAAAACUUGGAGCAUUUGAAUAACUAUACUACCAAAGAUAUGAUUUUAUUCUUUUUUUAAAUUUUAUUUUCAUGAGCUUUUUAUUAUGCUUUUUGACUAUUUUGUUUCCAUGGACAGCAUUCGUGAGAAAUGCAUAUUGUUUCACGUAGACAAUUUUCUUUAUACAAUCAAACAUAUUGAAUGACAUUUUUUUUCUUCUACAAUAUUAAGCGUGGCUGUGAAUUAGGAUUAAUAGAAUAUAGGAUUGGGAAAACGUCCGUGUAAUGAAGAAUUAAUCAGUACCGUGUUUACUAUUUUACAAAGACGGCAAUUAAGUUUAAUAAUAUUCUGAAGUAUUAAGAGACUUUGGAUAUAUACGUUUGUAAAUGGGUGUUUUUGACUGUAUACAAGAUGGUUUUUUUUUUUUAAAUCAUGUGUAAGUGUGUGUUAACUUGAGUAGAAGUGUGUGUGUUUGUAAUGGUUUAUAAUGGUAAAAUGAUAAAGAGCGAGGGAAGUUCAGAUUAUUUUAGAAGAAUAACUUGAAAGAAAAAAGCCAAGAUUCUGUCAGACAAACUCAAAAAGGUGACUAGUUUAAGACUCCAGGGUCUACUAAAUCUAACAAAAUUAAAAUAAAUAUUUAUAUGGAAUAUUUUCACCAUGGUUAUAACCAAAGAUUUUUGUCGUUUUUUUUUUUUUUUGGUACUUUCUAUCGGUAUCUAAUUGAUCUACUUCUGCUUCUUUCUGUAAGAGCCUACCUGGCAUAGUAUUCGAAACAAACAGUAGUUUCUAUUAAAGUAAUGAAAAGAGAAAGCCCAAAACACAUUUUAAACACAAAAAGUUUUCUUGUACAUUUUUUUUUCAAAAUUAAAUGGCCCGAUUUCGAUUUCUAAUUUUUAAGUUAUUCAAAACAUUAAGAGCGGUAUAAAAUAAUGAAAUUUAAAGGAUUCAUAUUAUAAGAAUAGUUAAACUACAAAAGGAAAUGACAUUUGGAUUCAAGAAAUCUACAAAUAUUUGCGCAGUGUAAUGUGUUAAGAGAAACUCGGAUUUCAACUUUUUUUAAAAAUUGUAGUACCAGGUCAAACUUAGGUAUAAAAAAUGUUUUUAGGGAAAAAAAGCUAUGUAUUGAAAUAAAUAUCUUUUUGUAUUAGGAAUUAAAAAAAAUGCUUAUUG